AUGUGGGCAGGGGUGCAUUUCAGAUCAAAGCACCUCUGUCCAUGGUUUGUAUCCUUUGCCAUUUGUGGGAGUCUCUUUAAAAAAGUGGCUGCCCUGAAGGAGUUCCGGGUGCUGCACAGUGCCCUGCAGAGCAGCUCCUCUUACAGAGAGGAGGUCUUUAAGAUGCUCAGCAAUAAAGAAUCUCUGGAUCAGAUCAUUGUGGCCACUCCGGGCCUCAGCAGUGAUCCUAUUGCUCUAGGGGUUCUCCAGGACAAGGACCUCUUCUCUGUCUUUGCUGAUCCCGACAUGCUGGAUACAUUGGUGCCUGCUCACCCAGCCCUGGUCAACGCCAACAUCCUGGUUCUGCACUCGGUAGCAGGCAGCACUCCAAUGCCAGGAGCUGACUCCUCUUCCCGAAGCAUGCCCUCCAGCUCCUACCAAGAUGUGCCAGGUGGCUUCCUGUUUGAUGGGCUCUCGGAUGAUGAAGACGACUUUCACCCAAGCACCUGGUCUAAGCCCUCUAGCAGUACACCCAGCUUCUGCCUGGCCUCCCUGGGGUACAGUGGAGCUGCUGGGCCCCGUCCCAUCACCCAGAGUGAGCUGGCCACUGCCCUGGCCCUGGCCAGGACUCCAGAGAGCAGCUUUCACGCACCAACUCCUGGCACCCAGGGCCAUUCUUCAGGCACCUCGCCAAUGUCCUCUGGUGUCCAGUCAGGAACGCCCACCACCAAUGAUCUUUUCAGUCAAGCCCUCCAGCAUGCCCUGCAGGCCUCUGGGCAGCCCAGUCUUCAGAGCCAGUGGCAGCCUCAGCUGCAGCAGUUGCGUGACAUGGCCAUCCAGGAUGACCAACUGAGCCUCCGUGCCCUUCAGGCCACUGGAGGGGAUAUCCAAGCAGCCCUGGAGCUGAUCUUUGCUGGAGGAGGAGCCCCAUGAACUUCUAGUACCCGAGUGCCUAGCAAGUUGCAGAGGCGAUUCCUACAAGGAGACACUUGUGAAGUUGC